GGCCUAGCCUUUUGGGUUUUAGGGUUUACGCUUGUACAACAAAAACAAUACUCUUCAUUUUUAUACACUUCGGCUUCGCUCCUCCUCUCUUUCAGAUCCUGACGGCAGCGCGAACAAAGUAGCCAUGGUUCACGUCAACUUCUAUCGCAACUAUGGUAAGACAUUCAAGAAGCCUCGUCGUCCUUAUGAGAAGGAGCGUUUGGAUGCUGAACUUAAGCUGGUUGGGGAGUAUGGGCUGCGCUGUAAGAGGGAGCUUUGGAGGGUUCAGUAUGCUCUGAGCCGAAUUCGUAAUGCUGCUAGGAAUCUUUUGACCCUUGAGGAGAAGGAUCCUCGCCGUAUCUUUGAGGGUGAGGCUCUUCUUCGCAGGAUGAAUAGAUAUGGGUUAUUGGAUGAGAGCCAGAACAAGCUUGAUUAUGUCUUGGCUUUGACUGUGGAGAACUUCUUGGAGCGUCGUCUUCAGACCCUUGUGUUUAAGACUGGCAUGGCUAAGUCGAUUCACCAUGCCCGUGUUCUUAUUAGGCAGAGGCAUAUCAGGGUCGGAAGGCAGGUGGUUAACGUACCUUCAUUCAUGGUGAGGGUGGACUCACAGAAGCACAUUGAUUUCUCCCUCACUAGUCCUUUCGGAGGCGGCCGUCCAGGAAGGGUGAAGAGAAGGAACAUGAAGGCAGCGUCAAAGAAGCAAGCCGGUGGUGAUGGAGAUGAGGAUGAUGAAGAAUGAGUAGUGAAUUUUGGCUUGGACCUGUAAGAUGUUUUGUUUUGCGUCGGUUGCUUAAAGAACAUGGUAGUAAAUUUUGCAUUACAUUAUGGGAUAUUUUGGUUUAGGAACUUUAUGAAUUAUGAUAAACUGCAUGGCGAAAGACUGUUGUUAUGUGAUAUUCAGUUGCGUGUUAA